AUGGACACUGACGUACGCAACGAGACUAAUAAAUUAGUUCGCGUGGUGCUGAAUGAUCAAUCCGGUAGAGACAGUACUCGAAUAGUACCACCAAACGGAACAGUAAGUUUUGGAACAACAUCGUCUAGUUUCAAUACUUUUUCACUUUACAAACUGUUACCUGGAAGCAAUAACUUUGAGCCAUCAUCAUGCGCAGGCUAUACUUGUGCUGCAGGCACUACAUUGACUAUUCAAGAAACAGAAACUUACUUGCAGUUCGUACCAUCUCAAUAUACACCAACAUGGAAACAAAAUUUGAUUCAUGGUUUCACACUUGGGUGUGUAUACAGUAUUAUUAGGGUGCAUGGUGAAGCUGCUCGUGCCACCUCGGGAUGGGACACAGCGGCUGUGGGCAUGGCUGAAACCAGAAUAGUUAAUCUUACCGAUGAAAUAGUUCGAAUGGUUCUUACUGAUGCAAAUAUGAGAAGAAGCGAUCACAUAUUUAAACCUAAACAGGUGUUUACUUUUCGGUCAAAAAAGGGUUCAACUACAGUUUCACUUUUUCGAAGAUCAAAAGAUAACGAUGGUUUUGAAGAAAGAUCAUGUGCGAACUCUAGUUAUAAUGGAGAUAAAUCGUAUGACAUCAAAAACACAGAUGGUUACUUCGUGUUUGUUCCUGAAUAG